AUGACACUAAAAACUAGCAGUCCGGGUACUGGAAGCAUUGGCUGGAAGAGCAAUGACUUCGGCGAGGUCGGCAAGGCCGACUAUGUUCGCCCGGUCGAAGAUUGGCGAUCUGGACGAACCUUUGCUUCGGCGUCCAACGGUCCCUUUUCCCGUGUCACAACUACCGCGCUGGCUGCCGUCGCCUCUGUGGCUUAUCUGGCAGUCUGUGCUUAUUGGUGCGGCUUACCUAGGAAUUCGCCAAUCGGCAGUCGCACCGAGGACUUCAUGUCUGAUCGCCAACUGACGGAAGGCAACGCUGACGCUACCAUACGAUUCGGUUCGAGUUUAUCGAAGCAUUACGUACACAGAGAAGUGCUGGUACCCAGUUCAGCACUGACAUCGGUCUGGUGGUGA